CUCAACAGCCUGCAAUAACAAAACUGAGUCACCUAAGAAGGUUUGGCUGGGCCUGCUGUAUAGGCAUCCAUUUUGAGAAGGGUUUUUGCCUCACAGCACUCAAAUGACUGCUAAACUCAUAACUGGCCAGUGUGGAGCUUGCCCUUAGCCACAACAAGUUCCUCUAUGACAAGAAAUGGUAUCUUUCUUCCAUCCUCAAUGAUUAACUAAACCCAGAGCCCCCUUACUGUAUAUCAGCCCGUAGUAUGAAAAGCUGGAAUAAGAUAUUCAAGAGAGGAGACCCGGAGAGUGUGGAUGGGAACUCCUCUUUGCAGAAAAACUCCUUGAACAACGCCCCGCUAGAGCUAACACCUCAGAGGGCCUUAGAUGACGACCUUUCAGAUGACGCAAACUCCACUGCCCACUCAUCCAGCACUCCCCCAUAUGUACAAGGAGUGGGGAGUGGUGGGGACGAGGGGACCCUUAAGGACAGGUUGAGAACUCUCCUGCCCCAAUCGUGGGGCAGUAUUCUCCAGAAAUGGAGCAAUGGGGAUGCUGACUCUGACCUGGGCUCCGCAGGGGUCAAGAUUGUGCCCAAUGGGACCAGGGUGAGUCCACCUGUCAGUCCCAUACUGGAGAGGAGGUACUGGGACACUCAGGACUCACUGGGGACCUCCAGCAAGAGUUCCCAUAGGCCCUUGUUGAGGGACGUUCCUAUAGAUAAUGACCUACUCCAUUAUCUUCCAGGGGAAUCAGAGCUGACCAGUAUCCAUCCAGCUGAGUACUAUGCUGAGAAGGUGGAGGUCUACAAGCUGAAGUACUCUUAUAUGAAAUCAUGGCCUGGGUUACUGAGACUCCUGGCUGGGUUUGAACUUCUCUUUGGCGGUAUGGUCCUUGCCUGUGUCUGUGCCUACAUCCAUAAGGACAGUGAGUGGUCGAACUCCUAUGGACUGUACAAUGGUGCAUACAACAAUGGAUAUGGCACAUCGGGGAAGUCCUAUAAUGGACCUAUGACUCUAUUCGUGAUAGCGGUGGUUGGGGUGGCGUGGAUUGUAACCAUCCUCCUACUGGUAAUAGGGCUGACUAUGUACUACCGUACCAUCCUCCUGGACUCACCCUGGUGGCCUCUCACUGAAGGCGUCAUCAACGUCGCCCUGUUCCUCCUCUACAUGGCUGCUGGUAUCGUGUACCUGAAUGACCUCAACCGUGGGGGUUUGUGUUACAUGACUAUAGGUAUUAACCCAAUAAUGUCCAGCCUGUGUCGGGUGGACGGAGGCCAGAUGGCUGGCACGGCUUUCAUCUUCAUCAACAUGCUGAUGUACCUCAUCAGCUUCCUGGUGUGUCUGAAGAUGUGGAGGCACGAGGCCACCCGCAGGGAGAUGGAGUUCUUUGAGAACCAGGAGAAUCUGAGGCCCAUCCCUGUGGCCCAGACCAAAUCUCCCAAUCGGCAGACCAAGAGGAUUGUAUUUGAGGAUGAGAUGGACAGCUCAAUGAGGGCAACCAAACUCCUCCACGUCACAGACUUUCAGCAAGAGGAGCCAGGCAGCCGGAACAGAGCCAUCCCCACAGGGUACGCCCAGAAGCCCAGAGUCAUCGCCGAUUAUGUCAUGAAGUAUCUAGAAAUCUCCUCUUUGGAGGAUAGGGAGAAAUACAAAGCUGUCUUCAAUGACCAGUAUCAGGAGUACAAGGACCUUCACAAAGAAAUCAGUGAGACCCUCGUGAAGUUCAGAGAGCUGGAUGCCAUGAUGGGUAAACUCCUCAAAGAUGGCAACAGUCAUGAGGAGCAGAAAACAAUCCAGCGGAUUUUGAAGAAGUACGAGCAAAAAAAGAGUGACCCUGCCUUCCUGGAGAAGAAGGAACGAUGUGACUAUCUGAAAGCUAAAUUAAGCCACAUCAAGAACAGGAUCCGCAAUUUCGACCAAGACACCAUGGCAAAGGGUCGGACGUGAAGAAAUUAGCACGUACACAGAGGAAACAAAGGGGCCAUUAUUAUUCUGUUCCUGUCACGUCUUCUCUGUGAGACUGUUAUUUCAGCACUAAUUGUGUUUUUGGCGUGUUCCUUAAGUAGGUUUCAGUAAAUGGCUGUACAAAUCAGUAAACUGUGUGUUGUUACAUUAUAGCCUGCAACACUUUUUGUGCUUACUGUAAAAAUGACUUUCCCACGAAUAUUGUGUGUGAGUUUCAGUCAUGAAGUGAAUGAACUCAUAAACUCAUAAACGGA